AUGAGACGUGGUCGGUCGGUAGCCGGUUCUCGUCGUGGUCCGGGACUACCACGAAAGCAACCUACCGAGACUAGGGAGCUGGAAUCAGUAACCCAGGAGGUGGAUUCUUCCAAGGAUCUGACUGAUGUGGAGGCUGUUAGUCGAGGACAGGGUGAUCAGACUCCUAGAGACCAGGGACGUCAGCCUCAGGAGAUCCCUUCAGUCAUACCAUCUAGAAGAAAUAGGGAAUUUCAGCCUCAGGGGAUUCCCUCCGGGAUACCAUCAGCAUUUCCUACUCCUGCUACUACUGAUUGGAUGAGGGACAGAGCUCGAAUACCGUUGCUGGCUAGGUCCAUCAAGGACAGAUUUACCUUAUAUUUGGGCGGAGCAGAUCCUUGGGCUGCUCGAAGCUGGUUGAAGAAUUUAGAGAGCACCUUUGGGUACCUGAGUUGCACGGACGAGGAGAAAGUGGAACUGGCAACGUAUCAUCUCCAGGAUCAGGCAGUCACAUGGUGGGACAUGCAGAAGACGAUCUUUGGAGAGCAGCGCAUCACAUGGACGAUGUUCCGAGAGGCGUUUGAGCGGCAAUAUUUCCCAGCUACCUUCUGUCUAGCUAGACGCCAGGAAUUUUUGAGUCUCAAGCAGGGCGACCGGUCAGUGAUGGAGUACAAUGCUGAAUUCUCUAGACUGGCGGAAUUUUGUCCUCACAUAGUGGCACAGGAUUAUGAUCGUAUGCAGCAGUUUACUCAUGGUCUUGCAGCAUACAUUCGGAUCCAGAUGUCAGGAUUUCCAGGUAGUUCCUAUCGGGAGGUUCUAGAUCGAGCAUUAUUCAUAGAGAUGACUCAGCAGCAGGUAAAUCAGGAGAAAGGACAUGAUAAGCAGUCGUCGCAAAAGAGAGGGAAUAAAGGUCAGAGUUCUCGGGCUCCUUCCGGAGGAUCUUCUCGGCCUCAGAAGACUGGGCGAACAUCGGAUGGAGGUUUUUGUCCCCCUCAUCAUGAACAGAAGAACUUUGGUGGGACCAGGUGUUUUCAGUGUGGGUCCAAGAGUCACACCAGGAACAGCUGCCCGUUGGAUCAUGCUAUAUGUUUCUACUGUAAACUUCCAGGGCAUGAGAGUCGGGAUUGGGGAAUCAUCCUCUCAGUCACGUUCACAGAGGAGAUCGCAGAAGACUCAGAGUGCCCCACGUCAGCAACGACCACAGCCUUCUCAGGGACAGAUAUAUCAUAUUCAGGGUCAGGAACCAGCGACUACUCAGUAUUCUACCGCGGCGUCUUCUCAUCAGGCACUUCCGGUACAGUCGGAGUUUUAUCCACCCCAGCCUUACUCAGCAUAUCGGCAGCAGCCUCAGUCUUAGUAUCAGCAGCCGGUUCCCGCACCUACGAUGCCAACGCAGACCACUUCAGGGAUACCACAACCGAGCUCAAAGAUUUAUUGAUAGAUACUGGUAGUUCCCAUUCAUUCAUAUCUCGAGUAUUUCUGGGUAAAAUCGACAGAUUGCCUAGUCGUCGGACACACGGGCUGACAGUAUCUCUACCAUCUGGCGAGCUGGCCAUGAACCAUGCCACAGUUGAUUGCAGAGCGAGAGUAGUCACAUUCCGACCUCUUGGUCUACCAUCGUGGACAUUCAUCAGAACCGGGGGUGAUGGGAUAUCAGUCAUAUCAGCAAUGCAAGCGAGGAGAUUACUGUUGCAGGGUUGUCAGGGAUAUUUGCUGUCCAUGGUUAAAGCUGAUACGGAUGCAUUACCACAACUCUCGGACGUUCCUAUUGUUCGAGAAUUUUUAGAUGUAUUCCCUGACGAACUCCCCGGGUUGCCUCCUAAAAGGCAAGUCGAGUUUACGAUUGAGUUGGUUCCGGAAACCGCACCGGUAUCCAAGACCCCCUAUCGCAUGGCACCAAAGGAGUUAGAGGAGCUGAAGGUUCAGUUGCAGAAGCUGUUGGACAGAGGAUUUAUUCGUCCCAGUGUUUCUCCAUGGGGAGCACCAGUACUCUUCGUUAAGAAGAAAGACGGAUCAUUGAGAUUAUGUAUUGAUUACCGACGGUUGAAUGCGGUGACUGUCAAGAACAAAUAUCCAUUGCCACAUAUAGAGGAUUUAUUUGAUCAGCUGAAGAACACCUGUGUAUAUUCAAAGAUUGAUUUGCGCUCAGGCUAUCAUCAGCUCAGGGUUGGAGAUGCAGAUAUUCCGAAGACAGCAUUUCGCACUCGUUAUGGUCAUUACGAGUUCUUGAUAAUGCCAUUUGGGCUUAUCAAUGCCCCAUCAGUGUUCAUGGAUCUGAUGAACAGAGUAUUCCUUGAGUACUUAAAUCAGUUCGUCAUUGUGUUCAUCGACGAUAUUCUGAUAUAUUCCCGAUCUGAGGAGGAACACAGGCGACAUCUUCGCAUAGUUUUGGAGAUGCUUCGGCGAGAACACCUCUACGCGAAGUUUAGUAAAUGCGCAUUCUGGCUACCUUCGGUGGGUUUUCUUGGACACGUUGUCUCCAGCAGACGUUUAUCUGUAGAUCCACAGAAGAUUGAGGCCAUCACUAGUUGGGAGCAGCCGAAGACAGGAGAGAAGUUUAGCUGGACAGAAUCUUGUGAGCAAAGCUUCCAGGAGCUCAAGCGGAGGCUUGUUACUGCACUAGUGUUAGUACUUCCCUCUGGCAUGGAUGGAUUUGUACUUUUCACGGAUGCGUCAUAUCAGGGACUGGGUGCCAUACUUAUGCAUCAUGAGCGAGUGGUGUCAUAUGCCUCACGUCAGCUGAAAGAUCAUGAGAGGAAUUAUCCGGUCCAUGAUUUGGGAUUGGCAGCUAUCAUCUUCGCACUGAAAAUCUGGCGACAUCAUUUAUAUGGGAUCACCUUCGAGGUUUACACAGAUCAUAAGAGCCUCAAGUAUUUGUUUACCCAGAAGGAACUGAACCUGCAUCAGAGAAGAUGGAUGGAAUUCUUGAAAGACUAUGAUUGCACGAUCAACUAUCACCCGGGGAAAGCCAACGUAGUGGCUGAUGCGUUGAGCAGGAAAUCUCGUGGAGUUUUGGCUUGUCACCGAGUGAUGGUUACAGAGUUGAUACAGAGCUUCUCUGAGUUGGGGUUGAUGGAGCAAGCACAGACAGAGCGAGGCUUGCUAGUCACCAUGGUUGCUCAGUCACCUAUAGUGGAGCGUAUCAAAGAGGCUCAGGCUACAAAUCAGCAUCUGCAGUUUUUACGUAGCAGAGUUACCUCAGGACAGCAGACAGAGUUUACCUGUGAUGAUAGUGGAAUUCUGUAUUUCCGCGGCAGAUUAUGUGUCCCUGAGUCACAUCCUGUUCAAGAGGACUUACUACGGGAAGCACAUCGAUCUAGAUUUGCGAUUCAUCCAGGAGGUACUCGCAUGUACAGGGAUCUGAAAUGA